CAACAAUGUUGUUGUAUAUCAGGUCUGAGCGUGGAUCUAGAUUCCAGACAAGAUGACACUGACAGUCACACACACAGUCCAGGCGAGUGACAGUUGCAGUUCCAGCUCCAGACAGCAGUGUCCGGGUUUUACAGAAGGAGCCAGGUUCCCUUUCCGGAAUGUCCAGUCCGGGUGUGACAGUGUGGGACAGGCUUGUAGCGAUCAGUAGAGCACCUGCUCCCGGGAUGGCACAGGUAACAAAUGCAGUUCACAUCUGAAGCAGCGUUUCUGGAGGAAGACGGAAAGCUUUAAUAGUUGUUGUGAAUGUCUGUUAACCCUGAAAUUCGUCACCUCCAGCACAAUGGAGACCAGUGUAGUCUGCAUAUGUUACGUGGAUACCCAGUGACUGCACUGGCAAAAGUACAUGGAAAUUAUCUUUCAGUGCCCGCAAAUAGCAAGUAAGGGAACGGCAUGAAGCAGCCAGGUUUCCAGACCUUGAGCCGUCACUAACAGUUACUAUCAGCUCCAUGAAAGAACGGAGGAAAACUCCAUGAGCACUGUUAAACUCCAUUUCAGGGAGAAGUAGUUACCUCUGGUCCAUCCAUGAUGAAGAACAGCACCGGCACCAUGCUGGAUCUCAGCUUUUUAACAGAGGAAGAGUACAACAAACUUAUGAAUGUUCUACAAAGAGAUGCUGAGCUUCAGAAGCAAGAUAGCGCCCGAAUCCAACGCCUACAGGGAACUCUCAAAGAUGAAAAGAAAAGGAAAUUUGUCACUGGGCAGUGGUUUCUUGAUGUGAAGUCCCAUCGUUUCCAGGAGGAUCUCCAAGGUUCUGAUCUUCUGCGGGCAUCAAUUCGGAAGAAAAAAACUCACAAGCAAGACAAUGGAAGCAAGAAGGGCAGCGCAGAACUUCAGCAGAGCUCUUUUCCAAUAUCUAAUCUUCACGGGGAACAAGGAAAUGAAAGGGUGAGAGUUGUUGCAGAUGAAUCAAUUGCUUUAAAAACGUCACCCCAGCAAAAUACAGCUUCAGGUUCGUCGUUUGAGCCGAUUAUGCCCUGUUCCUCAAAAGAGAUAAACACCAUAGAGGACUUGUCUCCGGUGGGAAUAAGGCCAUGCAAGACAUCUAACAUAUCAGAUCUGUAUGAAACAGGGGGGCAUGGAAUGGUGCCCAGAGCACUGGCAGAUGUGUUAGAUGAAAGUGAGCCCUGGAGUUCAACACCAAAAAAUUCUUCUCUAAGAAAAAGUCCAGCCGUGCCAGAGAGAAGAAACGUAGGGGAGGAUGGCAGCAGCCCCAGUAAAAUACCAGUCAAACGAAGACAAAGCAAAGAAGUCUGUUGGAGUGAACCAGUGUCACACAAAGAUCAGUCAGAUAUCUCUACAAAGAAUACAGAAAUAUCUAGGCAUUCCAGCCCAUCCUCCCCAGAUGCAGAAUCUGGUAAAGAUGUAAAAUCCAGUUCAAACUUCACAGUCCAGUCAAUGAAAGACAAAACUGGAGAUCAGGAAACCAUACUAGAAAAAAGACAGUUUAAGUCACUGAAGAACUUUUGGGAAAAAGGAGGGGAUAUCUCAGCAGGUAUGAACAGCUCUUCAGAUCAUGAGUCCACAAAUACAAAACAUGCACAAGAGCCAACAGCAAGUCAUACAGUCUCCGUGCAGUACAGCAGGAAACAGAAUGGAGAGGUGAAGCAGGUUACUGAGCAGCCAUAUAAACUCAAGAGCUUCUCUCAGAGAGCUCCAGUUUUAUCUUCCAGUGAAGAUGAAAUGUUCCACGUGAAUCCCCCAAGAAAAUCUCCUUCUUCCAUGAUACCAAGAUCAACUUAUAACAAAAGCAAGGGCUCCCCCAUUUCAAAAAAUGCAUCUCUGUCUGAAACUAAUGGAACAGCCUCACCCAAUGAAGAAAGCAGCGGCAGGUCUUCAAAGAGAUCAAAGCUCCCCGUCAGAUUGCCUUCAAUAAGCAAAGAGACCAAGGUGGAUGUUCUCCCCUCCCCAAGAGACGACAAGCUGCCAAAUGUCUCUGAACCAGAAAUAGCAGGUUGCAAGGAAGAUGCCAUCACAACAGAAACCAAACCUGACGUAAAGGAGACACCCUACAGCAAUGUCCAAAUUUUAAUUGAUGCAGUGACCUCUGAUGAAGAACAAGGGACAUCAGCCAGUGUUAAAGCUGACCGAAGAAGUAAAGAUGUGGUGGGAAAUGCCACGUGUGAAAGUGAAGAUGGUAAGUGCUUAGAGGGAAAUGUUGAUUCAAAUCCUGCAAGUGUGACUAGUGCAAGAAGCUUGGUGAAUAUUUAUACAAGUACAGAAACCUAUAAUAAACCUCAGACUUUAAGUCAUCAGCUUCUGGAGCCUGAGCGAGCCAAAGAGCUGAGCAGAUCCACUCCUGCCCUUCUCUCCGAGACUGAAUCAGACACUGCAUCUGAAAUCAGCUUCCAGCUGAAGAGGCACAGAAAGACUCACAGCAGUGACAGCAACUCUUCUGACAUGGCAUCCGUCUCCUCGGUCAGCAAUAGUGUCCUCAGCGUGUACAGUGGGGAUUUCGGCAGUGUGGACGCACAGGGGGCAGUAGAGUUCUCUUUGGAUUAUGAUGAGAAGAAUCGGGAGUUUCAGAUUAACGUGUCUCAGUGUAGAGACCUGGCUAUAGUGGAUGAGAAGAAAGUCCGUUCUGACCCGUAUGUCAAGACUUACCUACUUCCAGACAAAGCCAGAAUGGGAAAAAGGAAAACAUCUGUAAAACGAAGGACAACAAACCCAGUUUACAAUGAAGUUUUAAAGUACAAAAUAGACAAAAUGGUUUUGCUGAUCCAGAAAUUGAAUCUUUCUGUGUGGCACAAUGACCCGCUUGGCAGGAACAGCUUUCUUGGAGAAAUGGAGGUUGACCUCACCUGCUGGGACUGGAGUAACACAAAGGCAAACUGGUACCCUCUGAAACCAAGGAGUGUCUCUGCCAUGAACGGUGUGGAUCACUUAGGUGUUAUGAACUUGUCCAUUAAAUACAUUCCUCCAGGAAGUCUUGGUCCAAAACAUCCCACCUCAGGGGAGGUACAUAUCUGGGUAAAGGACACCAAAGAUUUACCGCAGCUGCGUCCUUCUGGAGUGGACUCAUUUGUUAAAUGCUACGUACUGCCUGACACCAGUAAAAAGAGUUACCAGAAGACAAGGGUAAUAAAGAAGGAUUCCAACCCAGUCUUUAACCACACAAUUGUGUACGAUGGCUUCCACACUGAAGAUCUGAGGGACGCAUGUGUUGAGCUGACUGUUUGGGACCAUGAGAAGCUCAGCAAUCAUUUCCUUGGAGGAAUCAGACUUGGUCUUGGCACAGGUUUCAGUUAUGGAAUAGCUGUGGAUUGGAUGGACUCCACCCAGGAAGAAGUGGCCUUCUGGCAGGAAAUGAUGUCAACCCCGAAUGAGUGGAUUGAAGGAUCACUUCCCUUGAGGUCUCUCGCUGGGAAACGAAAAUUCAAAUGAGUCUGUUGUAUAAGACCUAAAACCCCAGAACUGCUAUACCUUGAAUUUCAAAGCAAUGUACUGUGUAUUUUUUACUCUACAUUCUGACGUUCUGAACAUUUAAAGGAUAAGGCUAUGCAUAUUUCCACUGCCUGGUACAGAUCAGGGUCUAUGAAUGAACCUGCGUCUAUUUUGCAUGGCAGGGAAUAUGAUGCUUCUGAUGCCAAAGCUUUGGAACUCAAUAACUUCACAUGCUAGGACGCUCCCUUGGAAUUUUUGCUACAGGUGAUUGCCUUGAAAUCUCAGCAAAAGACUUGUGAGCAAUUGAAAUUACUAAUUUGGGAAAAGGAACUGGACUUUAAAACCUUCUGUAGAUGAGACAACUUAAGUAAAUAAAAAAUUAUUUUUUCCCAAGGAAGUUAAAGAACAGAGAGGAUCUGUUGAUAUAUAUUUUAAUCCUGAUACAUUCCAUGCCUGUUGAAGACUGCGAAAAGGUCUUAUUUUUAGAAGUGCACAAAGUUUGCUCUCUCAAGGCCAGUCUUUAGCCAUUUGAUCAUGGGGAAAAAUAAUAUUGGGGGAAAUAACAAAAUAAGGUUAUAUAUUAUUCUAGGCCAGUGCUGUCCAACCUGAAGCCCACAAUGAUGUGGCCCUUCAUUGUUUUUUUGCCCCCCCCCCUCCAUAGAUUUGUAUGUAUGAUGUCAUAAUUAUGAUAAAAUGCUGCACUUGAACAUUCAGUAUGAGAAAUAUUGGCUGCACUACAUGUAAAAAGUUCUAGAUUAUUGCAAUCUGCUAUUUCCAGCCUACAGUUAGCAGAACUUUAGUGACUGAAAAUGACUGGAAUUAGGUUUGAACCACAAUAGUAGGGAUAAAGGUUACCCAUAGCAGCUCUAGAUAUGAAGCUGACAGACCACAAUAUGCAGAGUUGUAGGAUAUCUACACUUUCCCUUUUUUUAUCUGCAGAUUUCCUAAAUUCUGUAUAUCAGAGGAAAUUACUAAAGGCAUGAAGGGAAUACAGUUAAACUUUUACAUCCCCUGAUUUUAAGUUUUCCCUCAUUUUACAUUGUUGUUUUUUGGUCCCACCUAUAAAUUAUGCAUAAUAUUAUGAUUUUACAUUUUCCUGGAUUUUAUACAAUUUUUUCCUGGUCCCCUGAAAACAUAAAAUGGGGGUUCUGCUGUAGCUGUAUUGUGAGCAGUAAUAAUUCUGUGAAAUUAACAACUUUCAGAGCCAAUGGCAUAAUUUCCAGCCCUAGACCCCACCUGCACCUUCCCACCACUCUUACCAUUUGGCCCCCAGCUCACCCCACUCCAGUGCUAGAUGUAAAAGAUGGAGAGGGGUCUGUAAGGGGGAUCACAGGUCGCAAGCAGCCAAAGCUGGGGUGACUAGAAUGCAUUCACAGGUCCUUACCGGGCCCCCUGUGACUGUAGAGUGUGCUACCUGCUAGUUAUUAGUUCAAUAAAAUUGUUGAUCGUGUCAGUUAGUUUGACAGUGUGAGGUUUUUGCAACUUGUAUGCAAAUAAAUGCUAUUGUAGUUCUAAA